AAUUUGAAGUUGCUAUCAACUAACCUCCACACUCCAUCAUCAAUCUUUAAUCAUCCCCCAACCCCCUCUCCUCUACUAUUUUCUUCAUUCACCUCCUUAAGCAAUUCGCUACCCACUCUUUCUGCAUUGAUAUGGCAGACAUCAAGAGUAGUAACAUUGUUGCAAAUUCACCAGCCGGGAUGGGGAUGCAAGCAUCAAGGCAAGAUGAAGAAAGAAAGAAUAAUAAUAUUGUGGAGACUUUGCUGCGUUUGCUGCCCAUGGCUCUCUGUCUCUCUGCUCUUGUUCUCAUGCUCAAAAACUCCCAAUCCAAUGACUUUGGUUCCGUCUCUUAUUCCGAUCUUGCCGCUUUCAGGUACUUGGUACACGCCAAUGGCGUCUGUGCAGCUUAUUCCCUCCUCUCAGCAAUUGUAUCAGCUGUUCCUCGUCCAUCUACCAUGCCAAGAGCCUGGACCUUCUUCCUCCUCGACCAGAUGUUUACUUACAUAGUACUGGGAGCUGGGGCAAUAUCGACGGAGGUGAUAUACCUUGCAUACAAGGGAAAUGCAGCGACGACAUGGAGUUCAGCUUGUGAAUCCUUCGGAAUUUUCUGUCACAAAGCCACAGCAGCACUGAUCCUCACUUUUGGAGUCGUCGUUUGCUACGCCCUGCUCUCGCUCAUGUCUUCCUACAGGCUCUUCAGCAAAUAUGAUGCACCAGUUGCUUACUCUAACAAAGGAAUCGAGAUCACACCUGCAUUCCGCGCCUGAGCACAUGAUUUAGCCUGGAGAUGUGUCUUCUGCUAUGUAGAACUUGCUAAACCCUGCAACAGAAUAAUAAAACAGUAGUGACAUGCAAGUAAUAAUGUAUGCUCAUUGUUUAUAAAGAAGCAUCAACACAAAGCAAGCCUUUUAGUUUUUAACUAUGAUGGCCUUGCCAAGUAAAACCCUGAUAUCCUUUGGAAUAUAACCAACAACUUCUUUGUCUUCGUAAUA